UAUGCCGCAUGUAUGUAAGAAGGUAAAGUGCUAAAAUGGUGAGGGUCAUGGUGGAAGAUAAAAUGGAACGGGUCCGUUAUCACCGGUACUUGCAUCCGCCAUGUACGCAUAUAUCAGUGAUAUAGGUAGGUACCUAAUUCUUCCACCGUUGCAAAAUCUCCCCGAGCAGACAAUUGGGCAGUGGGCUUAUAUAUAUUCUUAAUCCUUCUUCCAAGUUUAUGAUUCUCAAUACCGUGCCACUUAUCUCCUACUUCCUUCCUCCUAUCCACCAGGUUCAUACUCAAAUAUAGAACAACUCUUAAGACUUACACAGUAACUAUGACAUCUUCUACGGCUCCCCAGAUCUUACUAACCGGGGCUACUGGGUUCAUCGGCGGUACUAUCUUAGACCACUUCAUCAACUCGAAGUCUCCGGCCUUUAGCGGCGCCAAUAUUUCCGUACUCCUGCGGGGAGAGGACCGUGCUGCCAAGUUCACAUCCACCUAUGGCUCUCGCGUGAAGCCAAUCCUAUACAAAGACAUUGACGACAUUGAUAGCACGAUCGCUGCUGCAGCGCAGCACGAUGUCGUCAUUAAUACCACACUUGGCUUCCACCCCGCCUCCAUCCAGGCGGUAGUCCGCGGCCUUGCCCAGCGCAAGGCCGCAACAGGGCGUGAUGUGUGGUUAAUUCACACAUCCGGCACUUCAAACUUCUGCGACUGUCCGAUCACGAAGAAGUGGGUGGAGCCGGAGGGCCGCGAGUUCGACGAUGCUAAGGAUGAUAUCUACGGGUACGAGAAGGACCGCGAAGUGCAGGAGGGCCCGUACCACCAGCGUACCGCAGAGAUGGGCGCUGUAGAUCUAUCUUUAGAGCUAGGCGUAAAGUCGAUAGUUAUCAACAGCGGAACUAUCUAUGGUCGCGGAACCGGUCUAUUCAAUAAGACAAGCAUUCAGGUCCCCUUGUUCGUCCGUGCCGUGCUGGAGCUCAAGAAGGGUAUCGUUUUGGGAGACGGCAAGGGCGUGUGGGAUCACGUGCACGUUGAGGAUCUGGCGGACCUUUACCUACUCGUCCUAGAACGCAUAAUAGCGAAAGGCGGCGAGGGCGUGCCGUCGGGCAAGAAGGGCAUCAUCUUCAGCGGCAACGGCCGACACCAAUGGCUGGACGUGGCGCAGGGGGUGGCUGAUGCGGCCUUCGCCGAGGGUUUGAUCCCGAGCAAUAAGCUGGAGAGCCUUACGCUCACAGAGGCAACUAAGUAUAUGAUGGAUGGCAAGGCUUCAGAAGAAUUGGUCGAGAAAGGCGUCGUGAGUAACUCGCGGACUGUGGCAUCUGUAGCUAAGAGCUUGGGCUGGAAGCCGACGAGGGGAGAGGACGUGUGGAAGCGGGGGUUCGCUGAAGAGGUGAAGGCUGAGCUGGAAAAAAGCAAAUAGUGUCUGAUAAGAUUAAAAGGGACUUCAUCUUCUAGCAACUAGUAUAUAUAGUUGAGAUCUAGAUAGGUAUAUAAGCCGUUUGCCUAUAUCUUAUAUAUAUUAGCCCAGGGCAAUGCCGUGCAACCAUGGCUUUGCGUCUGCCUUGGAGAAGAUUCGGCGCUGCGACGGGGAAACUGACUAUCGAUUUCAUCUUGAUUGAAGAUGAUCCCGAUAUCAUGUAGCUGUUGGAGUAUCCAAGCUAGUACAAUAUCACCAAGGGAAGCUCCCUCAGAGAGCGCACCCAUAUCACGAUGGCUCCCAAGGAAAUAAACUUACUUUAGACAGGUGCGCCUAUACUCGGGUACAUGCAUCAGUGUAGGUUGGAAUGGACCACGACAUUCGUGGAGAGCGAGUGCAUGAAACGCUUUGUUGAUAUUUGGCCCGAUGUCUGUCUCUAAGAAUUCAUAUUUCUUCAUUGGUAAGAGAAGAUGGAAUAACCCGAAUAAACCCCUGAGAUAAGUUAAUUGUGUUGGAAUGACAAGGGUUUAAGAUAGAUUACGUAAUAUCGUGAGAGGUAGUGGAUGGUGUUGUGCUUGAUUAAGCUUGAGGAAUCUUUACGAAUAGUUGCCCUAGGUUUACGAAAGAUUGGCCCUAUAAGUAGGGGUUAAUCUGAAGUACUUCCGAAUAGGAGGGUUUUCC